AUGGGUCGAAGGAAAUGGAGAUUGUACCAGGAAAAAGUACUCAAAAGUUGGUGUUCAUCAAUAGAAAAAGAAAUAGAAAUCAAAGACUGGGAUCCGAGAGACGAUAAAUGUUCUUUUUGUGAUCUUGAACCAUUAGGAAAAUUUACUGACGAAGAACCGAGUAGCCCUCUUCGUUUGGAGUGUUUCAAUUCUUCAGCACACAACAACAACAACAACAAUAAUAAUAAUCAUAUAGACUUGUUGGAAGUUGACGACAGCGAUAGUAAUUCAAUAAGUUCUACCGAAGACUCCGUCACAACAAUGAACGCGUUGGAUUCUGUGACGUCAAUGGCUGCAAUUGCAGCAUUAACGAGCCCCGGCGGGGCACCCAAUCCGUUGCUUUACCCUCCUGGAGUUUUUCCAAGAUGGUAUCUUCCUCAACCACCUAGACCCCUGUUGGAAGGAAUGACUGGAAAAACAGAACCACCGAUGGUCACGAAUCUCCCUGCUGCGUCUGCUGCAGGUUCCGAAAUGCCAUUAGAUUUAAGUGCCAAAUCUUCGAAACCGCCACAGUCUGCAGACAGUUUAGAGAAUAAUAUAAAAAUACCAAAUCUCAUGGAUAAUAAUAAACCCGUCAUGAAGGGAAGGCCACGAAUGAGCCCGAUGUCCGGUAGAAGGACUUACACCGAAGAUGAACUUCAAGCUGCUUUAAGAGACAUUCAGAGUGGAAAAUUAGGCACAAGACGAGCUGCUGUGAUAUAUGGUAUACCUAGGUCUACACUUAGAAAUAAGGUGUAUAAACUUGCCUUAGAAAGAGAAAGAGAUGCUCAUUUAUUAUUGACUCCGAUAUCUCGACCUUCUCCUCCGGAUAGAGUCGUGUCAUCUCCGAUGCUUCCCAUAAAUGUGGAGAGAGAGGACUCGAGUGCCGAGGAAGAAAGAGAAUCCGAACCUCCCUUGAAACCGCCGCAGCUUUCAAUGGAAGAUCUCAUGCGUCUCUCAGCUUUGGAUGGCGGUUCUCAAAUCGAAGGUCUCACAGCGUUGCUUCAUAGCAUUUCGAGAUUGCACGCGGAAGGUAUGAAUUUCGGUGACGCAUCGGGUAACGCUUUCGUCGCAUCUUAUUUGAGUCAACUGUUAAAGUUAAAGGAAAAUUUAAGUCCCGAAGUUGAAAAAGACAACAAAGUGAUUAAAAAAGACGAUACGAAUAAAGAAAAGAACGGUGGGGGUGGCGGUGUCGGUGGCGUCGGCGUCGCCGUUGUCGAAGAUUUGACUAAAGAUUCCGAUGAUGUAAUUAUACAAGAAACCGUUGUUGACAAGGGUAAAUAUUCUCCGCACGUGUUGCCGCAAUUGAUGAAAAGGAUAAUGGCCGAAGAAAGACUUUUAAUAGAAGAACAAUUAAAAAGAAAAAUGGAGAGUGAAAAUGGAGUCGAAGACGAUCAGUCAAAUGUGAUACUUAGAAUUCCGUCCUUUAAACCGAACGCGAGUUGUUCGAAAUCUAGUAGUGACGUCGAUCAAAGAUUUUCAACGAGUCCGGCGGGUGCGUCGCAGGAAAAUUCACAGCACAGCAUUAUAUCGCAAUCGAUAAACGGAGACAGCGAUUCGCCACCCAUUGGGAAAACUGUUGGAAUGUCGAGUUUGAGGGAUGCCAUUGCCAAAAGUAUUAGUCAAAAAUUUCAACAAGAUGGGGUUUCGCCUCACGGAUUAGGCUCUCCAGUAUUAGGACCAGAAGCUAUAGAUGCUCUUGCGAAAAGAGGAAAUUUUUCUCAUUUGGGUUUGCCAUCGUCUCAUUCGGUUAUCAAAAAUCACUUUGACCGGAAUCAGCAAAGAUUGCAACACGCGUCGAGUGUUCAAACGAACGCGCAAGGAAAAGGAACACGGCCGAAACGUGGAAAAUAUAGAAAUUACGACAGAGAUUCUUUGGUGGAAGCCGUCAGAGCGGUACAAAGAGGAGAAAUGAGCGUUCACAGAGCGGGAAGUUAUUACGGCGUCCCUCAUUCGACUCUAGAAUACAAAGUUAAAGAAAGGCAUUUGAUGAGGCCGAGAAAAAGAGAGCCCAAAGGGGAAGACAAAAAUAAACUUAUAACGUCUGGAAGCGGAUCGAGUGCGACGGGGGUUGGGAUAGACAAGCCAAAGCCCAUCGUUCUUGCACCCAAACCGUCUAACGCAAAACCAUCUUAUCCGAAUUCGACGGCUUUGCCAAACGGGUUGAAAAUUCCUCCGAGCAUUUUCGAAACCGGAGUUUCCCCUCUGGCUGCUGCCUACGCUGGAUCUCCAUUUCCGUUUUGGCCACCAACUCCGUUUCAUCCGUUACCUAUCGACAUAACUCGAGGAGCGUUUCCCACGACACCGGAACAACUUUUCAAUCCGCAAGUUAUGAGAGGAGGUGGAGGUGGUGGAGGAGGAAACGCCGGCGGAGGAGUGGAUGCAUCAUCGAAUCCGUCCACUUUGCCUCCGAGCACGAGAAGAAUCGCGGAAAGUUUAUACGACGGAACAGGAAGCAGCGGAAGCUUUUUAGACGGAAUAAUAAGGUCGAGUUUAGAAAUGGGAUUAGCAAGUUCUCAAAAAUCAGAAAAAGAUUUAGAAAAAUCUGGAAAGAAUACGGAAAACAUGUCAAACAAAGCACUUUUAGAUCAACUCUGUAGAAAUUCCAGGCUCACUCCCGUUUUGAGACAAAGCGGAGAAAGCAAUUCCGAAGACGAAACGUCAACGACGACGACAACAACAACAAUUGGAGCAACAGGAAUAACGGGAACGCGACACACCGUUUUCGAUUUAUCACGUUCAUCCGACGACGAUUACGAUGACAGACGAUCGAGAAAAAAUUUUCUACGUCGUUCGGAUUACAUGACUAAAAGAUUCGACAUGUUGCCGAGACGAAUACACAGCGAAAAAAGUGCCACGGAUCCGGAAAUUUCCAUGAGAAAUAACGAUGAAAAACACGGGGAGGGUCGAAGCUUUCAAGAGAGUCGAUCCUACAGAUCGUCCAUGUCGGACGACAGAUCAAAACAUUCGUCAGACGUUGAAAUGAACGGGGACCAAGACGAUCUAAGCCCUGAAGAAUUACACGAAGAUGAAGACGAAGACAUGGACGACAUUUCCAAUCACGCAAGCGACGAAGAAGACAUAAAAGACUCUUAG